AUGGGGCCCUGGCUGUUGCUGUCACUGCUGCUGCUGGUGCAGGGGGGGCCUCCCCCCCACCCCCGCCGGGCCCCUGCCAACGCCACCGUCUUCUCCCACAUCUACAGCAUCCGCCGGGGGGCGGGUGAGGGGGCCGGGGGGGCGGGGCCCGAGUCCCCGCAGGAGGCGCUGGCCCCCCCCAGCCAGCUGCAGCCCCCCCGGCUCUACGAGCACACGCUUGAAGGGGACGAGCAGGUGGUCUUCACCCACCGCAUCAACCUGCCCCCCCCGGCCUGCGACUGCGAGGGGGGGGGCGACGGCGGGGCCCUGCGGGAGGCGCUGAGCCGGCUGCGGGCGCUGGAGGCCCAGGUCCAGGCGCUGCGGGAGCAGUGUGGGGCCAAGGGCUGCUGCCCCUCCUCCACCGCCGCCCAGGCUGGCACAGGCCAGACGGACACCCAGAGCCUCUGCGGCCAGCACGGCACCUUCGACCAGGCCACCUGCGGCUGUGUGUGCCAGCCGGGCUGGGGUGGCCCCACCUGCGUGGAGCCGCAGUGCCCAGGGGGGUGCGGAGGGCGGGGCGAGUGCGUGGCCGGACGCUGCGUCUGCCCCCCCGGCUUCGCCGGCGCCCGCUGCCAGACGCCCGUCUGCGCCGACGACUGCAACGACCAGGGCCGCUGCCAGGACGGGCGCUGCCUCUGCUUCCCCGGCUACUCGGGGCCGGCCUGCGAGACGCCUGACUGCCCCGGGGACUGCCACGGGCGCGGGCGCUGCCAGGACGGGCGCUGCCUCUGCAGACCCGGCUACGCCGGCCCGGACUGCGGCACCCGGGCCUGCCCCGCCGAUUGCAGUGGGCGCGGGCGCUGCCUGAAGAACGGGGUGUGCGCCUGCCACCGCGGCUACGCCGGGCCCGACUGCAGCCAGCCCGCCUGCCCCGGGGACUGCGGGGGGCACGGGGAGUGCCGGCACGGGGAGUGCCACUGCCAGGACAGCUACGCCGGCGAGGACUGCACCAUAGAGAUCCCGGCCGUGACGCUGCGCGUGGGGCGCCGGGACGAGGGCUCCUUCCGCCUGCAGUGGACUCGCCCCAAGAUCCACGUGGAUGGAUAUGAAAUUCACCUCGUUCCCACGGGUGACCCCGAGGGCGCCGUGUCCCUGCAGCUGCCCGGCUCGGCCACGUCCUUCGAGCGCUCGGGGCUGGGCCCAGGCCAGGAAUUCAGCGUCACCGUCCGGGCCCAGCGGGACCAGCGCCUCGGGCCCCCCACCACCCAGAGCGUCCGCACCCGGAUCGACGCGCCCCGUGACCUGCGCCCCACGGGGGCCACGGCCACCUCGCUGAGCCUGCGCUGGGAGCCCCCGGCCGCCCGGCCCGACGGAUACACCCUGCGCUACGGCCCGGAGGGGCGGGACAGCACCGAGCCCCCCACCCGCCUGACCCUGCCCCCCGACCGCACCACCUUCACCCUGACCGGCCUCCGCAGCACCACCCAGUACACCCUCACUCUGACCGCCCACCGCGGCCCCGAGCAGAGCCCUCCCGCCAGCACCAGCGCCACCACCGCGCCGAUGUCCACCCUGCCCCCGGCUGGCCGGCUGCACCCAGAGCCCACGCGCCCCCCAGUGCCCCGUCUCCGGCCGCCUGGCCCCGCGGGGAAGCCGGGCCCCCGGCCCGCCCCGGCCAACGCCUCCUCGCUCCCCAGCCAGCUGUUCUUCCGGACCAUGGCGCAGAACCUGACGGCCAAGCUGUCCCGGUACAACGGGACCCUGCUGCAGCGCCUGGAAAGUUACCUCCGCGCCACACGCUACCCACUCCGCGGCAACCAAACCAUCGCCACCGUGGCCAAGACCAUCUACCGCUAUCUGGUGCAGAGGAAGUCCCAGGAGGAACAGGAGAUGGUCUACGUGGGGCUGGGCCAGCAUUCGAAGGAGCUCGGGGCCAUGGCACCCACCACGGGGCCCGCCGGCCACUUCCAGAUAGCCGGGAAGGAGGGCGGCAUUUUCUCGGAGGCCUCCCCCGACUUGGACACGGGGCCCAGGGGCCACGCCAAGCCAGCGGUGGUGGCCCGCUCCCCCGGCGCCAUUGUGGUCUCGCUGGAGGGCAUGCGUGGCCACGCGGAGCGCGUGGUGGUCCGCUACUGGCGGGCGGGCGACGGCGGAGGAGCGGGGGAGCUGGCGGUUCCCGGCGACGCCGCGGCAGUUCGGCUCCACGGCCUGGUGCCUGGCACCACCUACCAGGUGGAGAUCCACGGCCUGGUCCAGGGUCGGCUGUCCAAGUCCUAUUCCUUUGUCGCCUCCACAGCUCCAGAGGCAUCUGGCACCGAGCAGCCCCCAGAGCCCCCCACGCCCAGCUUCUCCCACCCUGGGCCACCCCCAGGGGACCUGGCCGUGACAGACGUCGCCCCCGACCGGUUCCGCAUCACCUGGACGGCCACAACUGGCACCUUCCAUCACUUCCUGCUGCGGUACCGGGAGCCCGGCUCCCGGGGGCCCCCUGGGCAGACCCAGGUGCCUGGGGGGAAGAGGAGUGUGAUCGUCACCCAGCUGAGCCCCGGCACCGAAUACGAGGUGGAGCUGCGGGGGGUGGCACCUGACGGGACCAUCUCAGAGCCCAUCACCACCAGCGCGUCGACAGCACCCCUUGGCGGGGGCCCCGGGCCAAGCGAGCUGGGGGCCCUGGGAGUCAGGAACGUGACCAGUGAUGGGUUUGGGCUGCAGUGGAGGGCACGGAAGGGCCUGUUCCAGUCCUUCCUGCUGCGCUACGAAGAUGCGGCCGGGCGCAUGGGGCCCCGGGAGGCUGAGGUGCCGGCGGACCAGAGGGCGACCCAAGUUGGGGGGCUGCGGCCUGGCACCGAGUACAAUGUCACGCUGUACGGGGUGCACCGCGGCCAGCUCUCACCCCCACUCAGAGCCAGAGUCCGGACAGCGCCAGCAGAACCCGGCGCCCAGCCCAGCCUGGGGGAGCUCUCGGCCUCGGAGGUCACCCACAACUCCACCCUGCUCUCCUGGACUGUCCAGGCCGGGGACUUCGACUCCUUCCUCCUCCAGUACAAGGACGCGGAGGGCAAACUCCAGGCACUGCCCGUGGAUGGAGGAUCCCGCACAGUCACCGUUACCAAUCUGGUCCCCUCCCAAAGAUACAAAUUCAACCUCUACGGCAUCUCCGGCCGCAAGCGCCUCGGGCCCGUCUCCACCGACACCGUCACAGCUGCGGUGGGGCCGGAGGAGGAACCCACUCCCCAGCCCAGUCUGGGGGAGCUCUCGGCCUCUAACGUCACCCAUGACUCCAUCCUGCUCUCCUGGACCGUCCAGGCCGGGGACUUCGACUCCUUCCUCCUCCAGUACAAGGACGCGGAGGGCAAACCCCAGGCGCAGCCCGUGGACGGCAGAUCCCGCAUGGUCACCGUAACCAACCUGGCUCCCUCCCACAGAUACAACUUCAAAUUCUACGGUGUCUCCGGCCACAAGCGCCUUGGGCCUAUCUCCACUGAUGCUGUCACGGCUGCGGCGCCGACGGAGGAGGUACCCACCACCCAGCCCAGCCUGGGGGAGCUCUCGGCCUCCGACAUCACCCACGACUCCAUCCUGCUCUCCUGGACCGCGGAGGAGGGGACCUUUGACUCCUUCCUCCUCCAGUACAAGGAUGCGAAGGGCAAACCCCAGGCGCUGCCCGUGGACGGGGGAUCCCGCACAGUCACCAUAACCAACCUGGCACCUUCCCGCAGAUACAAGUUCAACCUCUACGGCAUUUCCGGCCGCAAGCGCCUUGGCCCCGUCUCCACCGACGCCGUCACAGCGCGGCGGAAGGAGGAACCUGCCCCCCAGCCCAGCCUGGGGGAGCUCUCGGCCUCUGACGUCACCCACAACUCCACCCUGCUCUCCUGGACUGUCCAGGCCGGGGACUUCGACUCCUUCCUCCUCCAGUACAUGGACGCAGAGGGCAAACCCCAGGCGCAGCCCGUGGACGGGGGAUCCCGCACAGUCACAGUAACCAACCUGGCCCCCUCCCGCAGAUACAAGUUCAACCUUUACGGCGUCUCCGGCCGCAAGCGCCUCGGCCCCGUCUCCACCGACGCCGUCACAGCCAUGGUGCCGUGGGGGGAGGAGGUACCAACCGCCCAGCCCAGACUGGGAAAGCUUUCGGCCUCUGACGUCACCCACAAUUCCACCCUGCUCUCCUGGACCGUCCAGGCCGGGAACUUUGACUCCUUCCUCCUGCAGUACAAGGACGCGGAGGGCAAACCCCAGGUGCUGCCCAUGGACGGGGGAUCCCGCACAGUCACAGUAACCAACCUGGCCCCCUCCCAAACAUACAAGUUCAACCUCUACGGCAUUUCCGGCCGCAAGCGCCUCGGCCCCAUCUCCACCGACACCGUCACAGCCGUGGCACUGUCGGAGGAGGCAGUUGGGAUGCAGCUCCGUCUGGGUGAGCUCUCAGCGGCCAACGCAGCCCACGACUCCAUCGACCUCUCCUGGACCGUGGAGGGGGGGACAUUCGACUCCUUCAUCCUCCAGUACCGGGACGCAGAGGGCAACUCCCGGGCGCUGCCUGUGGAUGGUGCCCUGCGCUCGCUCCACCUCCAUGACCUGGCCCCCUCCCACAGAUACAAGUUCAACCUCUACGGCGUCUCCGGCCGCAAGCGCCUCGGCCCUGUCUCCACCGACGCCGUCACAGCUGCGGCGCCGACGGAGGAGGUACCCACUGCCCAGCCCAGCCUGGGGCAGCUCUCGGCCUCCAACGUCACCCACAACUCCAUCCUGCUCUCCUGGACUGUCGAGGCCGGGGACUUCGACUCCUUCCUCCUCCAGUACAAGGACGCGGAGGGCAAACCCCAGGAGCUGCCCAUGGAUGGGGGAUCCCGCACGGUCACAGUCACCAACCUGGCUCCCUCCCGCAGAUACAAGUUCAACCUCUACGGCGCAGAGGACAGCUGA